CGCGCGGCUGCAGUACAGAUGAUGGCUCACCCCAAACACACAAUGUCCGCGGAUGUGGAGAGUCGUCGUAGAAGAUCCACUGAGGGCUCAGAGCCCAUUUGGGACUAUGACCCUAGGGGCCGCCGCUGUAGCUCCCAAUGCGACCGACUGUGUGUGGCUGGUGCUUAUCUUGAGAUCCCGGAUACCCCAUCUCCCUGUACCUCACAGUAUUUAGGACAUUACACUCCAAAAUGCCUUUCUGCCCACAGGCAUUCGCGGUGCCCUGAUGACGUCUGGCAGGAAGCGAGCAUCAGGACCACCAUCCGAGCGGAAAACGAGGUGGAGGCGCACAAACUCGCCAACAACUACAAGUUUGGUUUCAGGAAAUGGAAGAGUCAUGUGACUGAGCGGCCCAUCGAGGAUCGAUCAGAUGUGGUUAAGGAACUUUAUUCUGAGCUCAACUACAUCAAACAUCACACAGGUUCACUGGUCACUUUUGGGAAUGUAGUGUAUGUGUUGCUAUUUGGCUGGUGGCUCUCUUUAUUUUAUUUAUUGGUCAGUCUAGUGAUGUUUUGCUCCAUUGCCGGGAUCCCAUAUGGAAAACUAUGCCUGCAGUUGUCAGGUUACUUCUUAUGGCCGUUUGGAAAGGCAUUGAGAAAGAGCAUCAAUAUCUUGAGGAAAUGUUGUAUAAAAUUCCCGCACUGCGAGGCCAUUCCGGAGGAGGUGGAUGAGGUUAAGGAGUCCUUGCGGGAGAAGGAGACUACGCCUUUGCUGCCCUCCGCUCCUGCCAUCACCACAGAAAUCCCUGUGACUGCUCUUCCUCCCACAAAGCGGAUACGUUAUUGGUGUCGGUUAAGCACUUAUGUUUGGCUGGUGCUGGGAUACCCGCUGCUGGUUGUGGUUCAUUCCCUGGCCAUCUUCAUCUCCUGGAUGAUAGUUUUCACCAUCCCUGUGGCAAAGAUGAAUGUAAGGACAGUGAGCACCAUCUUGCUUAUGCCACCCGAAGAGGUCAUAGUUCACACAGUGAAAAAGCCACAAGGCUGUGAGACCAGAGUUUUGCUCUGUUGUUAUAACGCUUUCAACUGGUAUUACUACAAAUACACUGUGGAUGGAAUCAAUGUGUUUGCUGUCAACCUGCUGCCGUUGGUCGUCAUCACUAUGGUGAUUGGCUAUGUGGACCGAGAGAAUAUUUUUGUGAGCUCUGAAGUGAAGUUUGCCACAUCUGUGAGCUCCAUUAUACCAUUGUCUUACUACAUCGGAAUGGGGAUAGCAAGUAUUUCAGCACAGAGUAACUUCGCCGUGGGAGCGGUUGUAAACGCCACGUUCGGCUCGAUCACAGAGAUGGCUUUUUACAUAACGGCUUUGCUGCAGGGCCAGCGUGCAGGCAGCAAAUGUUACGCUGAGAUUGUGAAAUCUGCUCUCACCGGCACCUUGCUGGGCUGCAUCCUCUUCAUACCUGGGAUCUGUAUGAUCAUCGGUGGGUGUAAGCACAGAGAACAGAGAUUUAACAGCAGGUCGGCCGGCGUCAGCUCAGCUCUGCUCUUCAUUUCUGUGGGAGGCGUUUUUGCCCCCACGCUGUUUUCAAAGGCUUAUGGAAACUUUAUAUGUGAAGGCUGCAGCAACUCUCCUAACAACACCAAUAAGCCUUUCAUAUGCAACAAUUGCCAUUAUGAUCUGAGUGAAAACAAUCGACCUCUUUUCUUGAGCCAUAUCGAGCCUUUAGUUUACACCGUGUCUGUCCUGUUACCUGCGGCGUAUCUCAUCGGUCUGAUCUUCACCUUGAAAACUCAUUCGCACAUUUAUGACAUCCACAUCAGCGAUGACCAUUGUCAUGUAAUAAGCGAUCACGGUGCGGUGGUCCAUUGGUCUAGAAUGAGAGCUCUGGUCGUCCUCAUACUGGCUACAGUGAUGAUGUCAGCUUGUGCCGAUCUCACCACUGAGAACAUCAAACCCAUCAUUUCUAACUCCAGUGUCUCGCAGUAUUUUAUUGGAGUUACCGUCCUAGCCAUGGUUCCUGAGCUUCCUGAGAUUGUCAAUGGGAUCCAGUUUGCUCUUCAGAACAACAUCAGUCUCAGUCUGGAAGUGGGAAGUUGUAUUGCGGUUCAAGUGUGCAUGCUGCAAAUACCAUUAUUGAUCUUGUUCAAUGCUUUUUUUGAUGUUGGAUUUGUCCUCAUAUUCAGUGAUUUACACCUGUGGGCGAGCAUCUUCAGCGUUAUCUUGGUCAACUACAUAUUUAUGGAUGGAAAGUGUGACUACUUCCAGGGUACGGCUCUGGUGGUUGUUUACCUCAUUCUCCUGGCCUUGUACUUUUUUGCACCUGCUCCCCUCGGCUGCUGAGAAAUAUCGAGUUUUUCCUAUUUUAUUGUUGUUGUUAUGUCUCUAAUUCGUACAUGUUUGUCUUACAACAUUGUUUUCCAGCACAUUAAAUGCUCUUAUAUGUAAUCCUGAUUACAUUGGAGCUAGAAGUAUUUUCACUAUAUGUAUAAAAAUAUUUUUACUGACAUACAAAAAAAAAAUGGAUGUAUACUAAUAAAACUUUUGUAUCC